UCCACUUACCUUGGGAAGGGGACUAUGAAAGAAGUGUUGGAGAUACCUGAGACGAGCAAAGUUCAGCGCUCGCUUUCGUUCAACGGGGAGACCGAGAAGAAGGAUGACGUGGGUGUCGAGGAAAAGGAUGGUGAAGGGACGAAGGAUGACGUGGGUGUCGAGGAAAAGGAUGGUGAAGGGACGAAGGAUCAAUUGGAAGAGGAUGUUGAUGAUGUAGAGAGUGUCCCUUCACUUAAUCUAUCAGAAGAGAAGGUCGUUGUUACAACUAAGGUGGUUGUUUCUGAUGAUUCGUUUGAGGUUAUGAACUUUUGGGGAGAAGAUCUCCCCGCUAUUGUAAAAGAGGAAGUUGAGCAGACAGUGAAGGAUGAUUUUGAUGAUGCUGCGUUCGAAAGAUUCAAAGAAUCUGGAGGGAAGGUGAUUGGUCCGUUCACUGUGAAGAAGGGUUACUCAAAUCAACAGUACGAGUUGUUCCGUUACAUUUUCUCUAGCGCCAAUGAUCCGAGUGAAGUGUUAGCCCAUUUUGGGAAGGUUGAGGUCGAGCGGAGGUAUUUCAAAUGCAUGAAACCGGAGACCGAUAUAUCAAACAGUGUCAUUGAUUGCUUUGCUCAAAUCAUGAAUUUUCGAGAGAAGAAGCGCAACGGCAUUGGAAGUAAGAGAACUUGGUUUAUGCCCACCAGAAUUUCGAGCAAGUUACUUGGAAGAACGAUGACUGUGGAGAGGAUGGCGAAGGAGCAAGAGUGGUCCACUCUUUAUUACGAUGCAGAUUUGAGUUUAUGUCACACUAUGGUGGUACCCCUACUGGAUACCGAUAGUGCUCCGCACUGGUUUGCGGCGAAUGUGAGCAUGGUUAAUACAACAGUGGAAAUAAGGGACUCGUUGUCUUCUGCAAUGCAUAAGAGGUCACGUCGGAGCACCUGCGUAGAGAUGCUCCAGACUUUGGACCAAUUGUUUGCCCCUGUCAAGCCAGGAGACCUGAAUUUCAGCGAGUUUGUAAUUAUUUCUUCAAGCAAGGACUACCCACAACAACAAAAUGGCCACGAUUGUGGAAUGUUUGUAAUGAAGUACAUGGAAUCACUGUUCGAGGAAAAUGAAAUAUUGGAAGAGGUAAUGUAAUGUUGAUUUCUUUAGUUUAAGUUUUCAUCCAGUUAACUAACUGUUUAUAUUGUGAAAAUUGAGUUGUCAAUCUAUUUUUUGAUGGAUUUGUUUCUAUGGAUUUGGUUGUCAUGUGUAUUACUGAAUUGGUUUCCUAA